CACCGCUCACCGAGGGCGCGGUCGACUGCCCACUUCAGCACGCCGCAAACGACAAACCGAUUUCGAAUCAGCUCUAGCCCAGUACGAAGGCAUGUCGCCCGAAACCUUUUGGUCGCUUGCCAACACCGUCGAUGAUGAUCAUAACGAGGAGCUAGUCGAAUGGCAAUCGGGUGAAAGUCAAUGGGGCGAUGAAUCUGGAAAUGGGAGCGGAAAUGCCAACUCGACCGGAGACCAGACCGAGUCAACCUUUACUGCGCCGGACAGCUUUACUGCUCCGGAGAACUUUACUGCCCCGGACGGCCCGCCUUUCACCGUCGAGGGCAAUGAACCGGUCGCUCCACCUUCCGCCAUCCCAACCAUCAACUUGUUCGAUCAGCUUUCCGCCUUCCAGGACAUGAAUAGGUUCGGCCAGCCUUUCGGCUUCCGGGGCGUCAACAUGUUCGAUCGGAUGACAGCAAAUAACGAGCUAGGUGAAGCUAUCCUUGCAAGGUGGACUGGCAGACCCUCACAGCCAACCACGAUGUUCGAUACCGCUAGCCCAAUCCGAGAAGACCGCCAAGACGUGAGCCCUGUCCAGCCAGAACAAUCUGUCGACAAUAGUUUCGGCUGCAACGAUCAUGGUCAGCCUGAGGGAACGACAUCGGACGGGUUCCCAUUCUAUCCGCAGCAAGUCGAUGAUGUCUUCGGGUGCAACUAUCAUGAGCAGCCGCAGGCGACGAACCCUGGCGGACUGAACUUUCAUCGAAGCGUCAGCCCUGCCGAAGGACAAGAAGACUUCUUCAGCGGAUUCGAAGCUCAAUUCAACGAUAACGAUCAGGAAAUGCUUGAGAUUCAGAUCGGAGACGCCUCGCCACUACUCGCGCCCAAUACCAACUGGGAUUCGAUGGACAUGGUCCCGGAUCUCAUGCUGGACCGAAGGCCGAGUCUCCUAAGUACGGAGCCAUCUUCAUCUCUCGUCACUCCAUUGAACAGCGCCGUCUUGCCUCACAGUCAGCCGGACCACGACAUGGACAACGAUUCUGGAAUCUUCAUUGCCCAUCCGGAAACGGCCAUGGACGUGGACCUUUCUUUCAUCGGGCAAAACGAAUCUGGAGGACAGGAACACUGGGAAGCGUUGUUGGACCAACUUGAACGGCUGGAGGAUCCCAACUCGUCCUUGCCGGGGCAUUUGGAUAAACCGGAGACUAGCGGACUCGCUUUCGAUAAUUGCCUCGGAGUUGACCUGCAGCGCCAGGCUGUAGAUGGUGUCGAUGCUGAAACGCAGCCCAUGCCGAUCGUCGGUGGACCGGCUGGGGAUAAAUGAAACCACAGGCAGGCUAUUGAACUGCGGAUCGGUGGGAUGGGUCAGCCGAUGCCGACCCGGCGGACGGGGAAGGGCGUGUGCCUUGGCGAUUCUCGCUUGGCAGCCCGAAGGGGAUGAGAUUGGAGGGCGAUCUACGGUUGACGCAAAGUCUACGCACCGAAUUCGUCAUCGCGAU